CCGUGUCCAGUGUCGACGAUGAACAAGACGGUGCACUACGCGUUGGUAGCGUUCUGGGAGAAGUCCGGCUGCAAGAUCGUCGCCGAUUAUCCAGCGAAACAGGACCCAGCUUACAGGGCCAUCGCGCUCAGCACGGUGGACGGCUUGAAGUCCGUGGAGAACGACAGGAUCAGUCUCGAUCGGGGCAAGUACACGGUGCACGUGUUGAUCGGCGAGCUGCACUACGCGUGCCUGACAUCGAAACCAGAUUCUCCGUCGUCGGCGGCCAGCCUAGAAUCCUGCAGCCACGUUUUCCUGGAAAAAUUGCGGAGCGUGUACAGGGAGCUGCCUAUCUUAGCCGAUCUUUCGAACGACCUGACCAACGUGGCCGUCGCCGACCUGUCGAAACCUUUGAAGAAGAUUGUGGAGGAGUACAAUCGGCAGGAGGUAGACGUGAUUCCGCGGCUGGAGGUCGAACUGGCGGAGAUCCGGAAAGCGUUGAUGGAUGGCGUUCAGAAAUUGAUCGACAGGGGCCAAAGGUUGGACGAGCUGGUGCGCAAGACCCAGAGCUUGCAGAUCAUGUCGAGAAAGGACUUCCACAUGAUGAGGACCACCCGGAAGAAGCGAAACGUGGUGGUAGCCACAGCCACUGCUACCCUAAUGUUCUUCUCCGCCUCUUUGUUCAUCUUUCUGCUCUACAUCGGGAUUCUCUGACCACGGCGCUGCUUCCGCCGAGCAUAGACACACCACGUUGCUCGAAGUGUACGAGGAAAUAAAUUAUUUAUUGCUCCCCCUGCCGAACUUCCUACUUCGCGGGGCAAACAGUUCCUUCGUUCCGAAACUAUCCAGAAUUCUGUGUUCCGAGGACACUGCGUUUCAGAAUCACCACUAACGCGUCG